AUGUCCAAGGAAUUUACAGUCUUUGUUGUUGAUGCAUCCAAAUAUAUGGGAAUAGCAGACCCAAAUGUCACGGAUUCAGAUUUUACGCGGGCACUGGGAUUUGUGAUUGACUUUUUCAACCAACAAUUGAUGAGAAACAGAAAGUCAGAUAGAUAUUGUUUAGUUGUUUACUCGGGAAGUACGAUCAAGGUAAUCUAUGAUAACACCCCGUUGUCAUUAGUACAAGUUAAAACAUACCGUUCUACCAUGAAUGAAGUCCAUGACAAUGAUACAGGCGAAGUUCACAAGUAUGAUUUGAUCCACGCUUUGUUACAAGGGCUAGAUCGGUUUAAAGUAAAUAGUCAUUAUAAAUUCACAAGAAAUAUUCGUCUUAUCACAAAUGGCGUACUUCCCAUGGGUAAAAAUAAAUCAAUCUCAGAAUAUGUGAACAUGGUUUCAAACCUUAAUAUAAACCUAACGUUUGUGUUAAUUGAUAAUGAACACAAUGAAUAUACUCAAAAGAGCUUACAAGAUCUUUCCAGAACCUUUAACAAUGCAAAUUUAGUGAGUUUUAAUGAACUUAUGAAUGCGGGUCCAGCUCUUCGGUUGAUUGCCCCAAGGUGUAGUACUGAGGGAUACUUGGGGUUUGGUGAACUUGGAAAUACUUCGGAAAUCAAAAAUAUGAUACAUUUAGAUAUCCAAGUGUAUCCAGCUAUUAAGGUACAAAGCCAAGUGCAUGGACACGAGUAUUACGUAGAUCCGAAACUGAAAGAAAGAUCAAAGAUUGAAAGAUCUACAUAUUAUUAUACACGGACAAAGGAUGACUUGGAUGAGGAAGAUGACGAUGAAGAGAGAGUAGAAAAAGGUGAUAUACUGGAUAGAACGAUUGUUCCUCGAGCGGAAUGUACUCCUGGUUUUAAGUAUUCGCAUCGUGAUAUACUAGCAUUAACUUCUGAAUUGACAGAAGUAGCCACUUUACCAACAUCCCCCAGUAUCAACAUAUUGGGAUUUAUGAAAAAGAACAACUUUGCUUACGCAUAUUUCACUGAAGAAGCAACAUAUGUGAUUCCUCAGCAGAAUGAUUCUGAGCGCAACAGGUUGACUUUUAAUUCCAUGGUUGCUACAAUGAUUGAAUUGGACUAUAUAGCUUUGGUGAGGUUCGUGCCGAAAUCAGACGACGAGGUCCAGGUUUGUGCAGCUUUCCCAAGAAAAGUUGCUCUUGGUAACCAAAUUGGCGAGGUUCUUUUAUUGGUCAGAAUUGCCAUGAAAGAAGAUGAGAAAAUUGGACGUUUCCCAGACUUAAGUGACACAGAUGAUAAUUCGGUCGACCAGUUGAUGGAAAGUUUUAUAUUGAGCAAGAAAUUACGUGAUGAGCAUUUUGUUGCUGACACCAUUGAUAAUCCAAUGGCUGGUCUCUUGAAUUCAGCACCCACUAGCGAACCUCCCAAUAAGAAUACCACUUUGGAUAAUUUAUUAUUGUCUUCAAAUCCGGCCACGAGAAGAUUUAAUUACUACUUUAGGAAAAUACUAGACAAGUCUCUACAGGAAGAAUCCUUGGAAAACUUUUUAGAAAAGGAUAGAUUUGUUGAAAGGUAUCUUUCAGUCGACGAGCCCCACACUUUGUUCAAUUUAGAUUCUAUAUUGGACACGAAAGAAGAUUUGUUAUAUACAGCGGAUCCUAAAAAAGCAGAUACGAUCACCAUUGAGUUGCAGAAGAAGCUAGAUGUCAAAUACAAAACUCAGCACAAGCUGGAAAAAAAGUCGAAGCCAUUUAUUGCAACUUCUAAACCACAACCUAACGAUGGGAAAUUUGGCGAGUAUUUUGAUAUAGAAGAUAUCUUGGAAAACUAA